GAUUGAUUUUCAUAAUUCUCAGCAUAUAAGUUUCUGUAAAUUAAGUAUCAAAUAAAAAUAUGAAAAUGACCCAAAUGAGUCAACCUAAAAUGUCACUAUAGUUAACGUUCUUGACUUGAAAGUUUGACCAUAUACAUGAAUUAUUAGGGAUAAAAUAUUUAGGGAAGGAAGUAAUAUAUACAAUAUACUGUAUAUAUAGUAAAAAAAAAAAGAAACGUUGACACUGCAUUACACUACUAUAAACAACAAAAUAUGGAUACACUACUUUUUUUUUUGAACAACUGGAUACACUACUAUAAACAACAACAAAAAUAUAUAUAUAUAUAUCUCUCAUUCAACAACUAUAAACAAUAUCACUGUCUCAUAUACCACAAAAAUGGAUAUUCCAAAACGUUACCCAUCACUAUUCAUAUUGAUUGUCUUCAUAGCUACAGAUCUAUCUCAUGCCGACACAAGAAACAACAUUCCUGUUGCUAACGGUCCAUCAUUACUAUCAACAAACGAUGUGUUUAAUCCUUUCGGAAAAAUUACUGUAGAAAUCAUCAACGAUAUUGGUGGUACAGUAUCAUUGCCUUUUCAUUGUAAAUCGAAGAACGAUGAUUUUGGUGACCGUAGUUUGCAACCUGGCGGGUCAUGGUCUUUUAGUUUCAAGCGUCAGUUCUUCGGAAGGACAUUGUUUUUCUGUUCUUUUGCGUUUCCCAAUGGAAGCUAUUAUUUCGACAUAUUUAGAGACCACCGAGAUACUGCUGGCGAUGACUGGUGCCAAAAUUGCGUGUGGAAGAUAAGACCAACCGGACCUUGUAGGUUUAACGGUGGAACUAAGCAGUUCGAUAUUUGUUUUCCAUGGAAUAAAAAUAAGACAUUGUAUUGACAAAUACAUAGCCAAUAUGGAUGUAAUGUGUUUGUCUUUUCUAUGGCUCACGAGCUUCAAACAUAACUUAAAAUAAAACAUUCCAUUAUUUCUUUUAUUUCAAUUUUCAUAAGUUGAUAACUGUUUGAAAAACGAAUGUCAUUUUGGAGACCUCUUCUACUGAUCUGCGAGAAGCUCUCCUAGAACCUCAUCGUUUUCCGGAGAACCGAUCGUUACUUGAUCGUAUCUCACUACUUCUCCCCCAGUUGGGUUCUUGGACUAUAUUACACGCUAAUGAGCCAAAAAACAGAGUAGCUCAAGCCAUAGCGAGUAGUGUCAUUGCUGAAAACCGUACUCAGUCCUAUAUAGCCAUCGGUGGUCCAGGUUGGCUCUCCCAUGCAACUCUCCAUGAGUCUCGAGCUAUGUGAUCAAGCUACUCAAGCUGUAGGGGUUCUACCCUGAUCACCUGUUCUUUCCGGGCUGAAGUUUUCUUUUUCUUUGGCCUUUAACAUUCUAUCUUUGGUACCUACUGGUAU